AUGGAUCUUGCAUGCAUUGAGAAUCUGGACGAUAUUCGCGUCGCUCAAAGGGACAGGAGCAUUUUCGACGAUGAUAGAGUGUUAGAGAAUUUGCUAAACAACGAAUUCAAAUAUAUGCCCAAGUUUAAUUACUUCAGUAGGGUGCAAACCGAGGUGCAGCCCUAUAUGAGAAAAAUUGUCACUACGUGGAUGAUGGAAGUAUGUGAGGAGCAGAUGAUUGAAGACCAAGUAUUUCCACUGGCCGUCAACCUCAUGGAUAGGUUCCUAAGUGUAUGUAACAUUAAGAAGCAGCAAUUGCAGCUCCUAGGUGCUGCUUGUUUACUGAUUUCCUCUAAACUUAGGACCUCGAACAUGUUGACGAUCGGGUUACUUAGAGCCUACACGGACUAUAGUGUCAGUCAUGAGCUUAUUGAAAAAUGGGAAGUUUUGGUGUUAUCCAAGCUUCAGUGGGACAUAAAUGGAGUUACGCCUUUCGAUUUUAUCGAUCAAGUUAUCCAAAGGUGUCCCUGGGGAAUCGAUAAUGACACACUGAGAAGACAUUCCCAUACUUUGGUGACGAUCUGCUCUACAGAACCGCGCUUGAUAGAAACAUUUCCUUCCCUCAUUGCAGCAGCCUGCAUCUGUUCUGCAGUCAGAGGGUUGAAAUUGCCAUCUUCUGAUAGGGCUAUCGUGGAUAUCUGCACGAUGCUGAAAACUCGACCUGCGAGGAUGGAAGUUCUGGCCGCUAUCAUCGACAAUAAAGUAAUAAAACUUUCCUCGAAUAGCAAAGAUUCAGAGUCUCUCAGUCCGCAGUAUCUCCAGACUGAGACUCCUACAGAGGUGGAGAAUAUCCUCUUUUAACCCUUGUUGCCAAAUUUAGAUUGUACGGGGUGGAUCAAUCUUAACACUUGGCAGAUUUCUGGUAAAAUUCAAUGGUGAAAAUCAU